UCCUCACGGAAGAACUGAAAGUGAAGCAGGUUCGGUUCGAGGGGCGGAGGGCGCGGCCUGGACCGGCGGCCCCGAGGUGCGGCCUGGAGGAACUCGGCCUGGCUCAUGAGGAAGAGCUGAGGAGGCCGACAUGUCCGACAACGGCUUCGACCGGGCCCCCGGCGCGGGCCGAGGCCGAGGGGGAGGCGCCCCGUUGGCUCCCGAGAGCGGGGCCGGCUUGGGGGUGAGAGGCGGCGGGGGCUUCGGCGCCCCGGAGCUGCUCCUCAGGCAAGGCUUCCCACGCCCGCAAGAGCCCCUUCGGCCGCCCAAAACGGCGCCGCCGGGCAGCAAUGGCGCCUCAGAACACGCAAGAAAUACAUCAUUACCAGAAAAAAAUUGUUCUGUAUCCACAAUUGCUAAACCUCAGGUGGUUGUGGCUCCAGUAGUAAUGUCAAAGCUGUCAGUGAACGCUCCUGAAUUUUACCCUUCAGGAUAUUCCCCUAAUCUGACUGAAUCUUCUUCAGAGGAUAGUUGUGAUGGAUAUACAACCCUAACAGAAUAUGUGCAGGAUUUUCUAAAUCAUCUUGCAGAACAGCCAGCCUGUUUUGAAAAUGAAAUAGCACCCUUUUCAGAAACUCUAAAUGGCUGUGUCACUACAGAUGAAGCAUUACAAGAACUUGUUGAACUCAUUUACCAACAGGCUACAUCUGUCCCAAAUUUUUCCUAUCUGGGGGCAAGACUGUGCAAUUAUCUUUCUCAUCAUCUCACCAGUAAUCCACAAAGUGGCAACUUUAGACAAUUAUUGCUUCACAGGUGUCGAAAAGAGUAUGAAAAUAGAGAUGAAGCAGCCAAAGGAGAUGAAGCUGUACGGAAAAGAUUUCAUGCAUUUGUGCUAUUUUUAGCUGAACUCUAUCUAAACUUAGAGAUUAAAGGGACUAAAGGUCAAGUAACACGAGCAGAAAUUCUUCAGACUGGACUUCAUGAAUUGUUAAACACACUUUUUUCUAAUCCUGUGGACAACAAUUUGAUCUGUGCAGUAAAACUACUGAAAUUGACAGGGUCGGUGCUGGAAGACUCAUGGAAAGAAAAAGGAAAGACUUAUAUGGAUGACAUGAUACAGAAAAUUGAAAAUGUCGUCUUGGAUGCAAAUUGCAGCAGAGAUGUAAAGCAUAUGCUUCUGAAACUUGUUGAACUGCGGUCAAGUAACUGGGGAAGGGUACAUAUAACUUCAACAUACAAGGAAGCGACUCCAGAAAAUGACCCUAACUACUUCAUGAAUGAACCAACAUUUUACACAUCUGAAGGUGUGCCUUUCACUGCAGCAGAUCCAGAUUAUCAAGAGAAAUAUCAAGAGCUCCUUGACAGACAAGAUCUUUUUCAAGAGUAUGAGGAAAAUGGAGCUGAUUUGUCAGGAGCUGGAGAUCCGUAUUUUGAUGAUGAUGAUGAUGAUGAUGACGAUGAAAUGGACCCAGAAAUCGAAGAAGCCUAUGAGAAAUUUUGCUUAGAAUCAGAACGCAAAAGAAAACAGUGAGAUUAUGCACAUAAAUUAGUGUUUUAAGUAAGGAGUGUAGGUAUGGAUAGCAGGUAGAGAGGGUGGAAAAGUCUUGUCAUGUCCAUACUAAGCAAAGGAAAUUAAGUUUCUGAGUACUCAACUUAUGCAAUGUUCAUUUUGUUAAACAGAAUCUGCCAAAAAAGUGUAAACUUAAACUAUGUAACUUAAACAAUAUGUAUAUACCAUAGUUUAUUUUAUGUACAGUUAAAUAAACGUUUUGGCUGGAACAAAUUUUAUUUGAAACAUGUCACAUUAAUAUACCUAUGAGGGUUGUCUUAUUAAAAAGCUACACUUCGUUUUUUUUUUUAGAGUAAAAUCCCUUGAAUCAUAAAGUACAUUUUGACUUGCUUUUGGUAUGUAUUUGUACUGCCUCUCUUUUGUAUAGAACAUAGCUUUCAUCUCAUACUUUUAGGCUCCUAGAACUGCUAGCCGAUCUUUUUUAAUGUGUCCCAGUCACAAACAUUGUGAGUAGUUCACCCUAUUAUCCCUUUGAGGAAAAUUUUGAAAAUGUGCAAGCAAAGACUGUUUUCAAAUGAGUAAGAUAUUUGCUGAGCAACUUGAACAGAUUUGCUCAGUUCAUGGCAUUUUAGCACAAUAUAUGUUAGAACUUACCAAGAAGUAAAAAGAACCUAUAUAAAGACAACACAAGUUGUAAAUAUGCAUGUAAAUAGUGCUGUUUAACAUUGCACUGUUAUAACUUAGUAAAAAUUGUGUCAAUGCAGUUAGCAUCAUUUACAUCUUCUGCUGUUCAUUUGUUUAGCUUAUUAACAUCAGAUUUUUGAAAAUAAACUACUUUGUUUUGUUGAGUA